GCCCUUCACUGGUUUGGGGUUUUGCAGCAUUGAUUUGUACCUGGCAGGCGCUGGCGCGCACCAAGGGUCAUGAAUCCUUGGCGCGUCUAGCAGAGAUUCUGCUGACCUGCAUUAGAAGCAGAUGCAUGCCGGAGGAGUUUUUGACUAGGUUGCCUGAAGGCUUUUUGACCGCUGUUCUUCGCGAUGGCCGGGCGAAGGACAUGCAAGAGCUUGGAAAGGCAAGAGAUCGGCUGCAUCACUUCCGGCGUUUCAUUGAGGAAAAGAAGCUUUUGGAGUCUCCUCCUCACAUCGUGGUGGGGUUGUUGAUGGAGCAGAUGGAGCAGGUGGGGCUCGGCCACGAACUUCUCAAGCAAUCCCGCAAUCGGGAACUCGUCAAGGAGCUGAGGCAGAAGGGUGUCCUCACGAAGGAAGACGGCCAGUGGGCAGUGCUUCACCUCCUGCCACAACUGGAGGACGCCUUCGUAGAUGAACAUCUACACGAGCUCGCUAACAGCAGCUUUGUGCUUCGUUGCAGAAUGCUGCAGGCCCAACAGCGGCAGUCAGAGACCGCGAUGAUGAGGGCGCAACAGGAGCGGCAGCGAUAUGAGAUGCAGAUUGCUUGCAAGGAGCUUCCGUGGUUGUGGCGAAUUAUGACUUGCGUGGUCGUUAUAAUUAUUGCUGCCAUGUGCAUUGCCAUUGCCCUGGUUGUGAAGGGCGUACAGAAGUCCCCCUCCGGCCUGGCGAUGAUCGACAACGCCAAGGCUUUCAACAAGCAGAGAGGAGAAGUAACCAAUCAAGUGAAGACACGGAAGCACGAGGUGCAGAAGAAGAAAAAGCUGUUGAUGGCCAUGGUGCCCGCCCGGCCGAGGAUGUCGCUGGUGAAGGAGACUUCUGGUAGUUCAGGUGAAUCAGUGGAUGCCCCUGGCGCCUUGCGAUUGAUCCACCAGCAGAUGUGGAAGGGCCACAGAACUGUUGAUUUGUUCGGACAGUUUGACACGAGUGGUGAUGGUUCCAUCGGUAAGAGUGACAUGCGUCCUUCUGAUAAAGAAGGUGAUUUAUCGAAUUGAGGGUGCAUGACAAGAGUGUCUUUGUGUCUUUGAAGUGUGCUUCACGCAGCCUAGCUACACUACGAACGCGUUUCGGAAGGGCUUCAAAAAGCUUUGGAGAGCGGGUUGGCGCUGCGUGGCCUUGAGGGGCAAGGUGAUCGCAGCGCUUGCGCCAGCUACCCAUUUUCAGCUGACCAACUGGAAGUUGAUGCCGCAAUGUGUGAUAUCAAAGACGGAUUGGGGCAACGCAUGUUGUCCGUAGUUGGUGAUGAUUGGCAAAAAGCCGAUAGGAGGUCCAGUGCAUCAAGAGUCCGGU